UUCCUUUAAUCAAGAAAAAGUAUCAUUCAAAAAUUCUCUACAAUACUCUCACAUUCCAAAGCUCUUCUUAUUAUCAUCAAAUCAAAAAAGAUGGCAAAAGCAAAAGCUCAUGUUAUGAGUUUUCUUCUCUUAGCAACAACAAUUCUAGCCAUUCUUCCAUCAAAAACCCAAGCUUUAAUGCCAUACACACGCCCGUUAUUCGACUUAAUGUUCCCACAAGAAGACCCAUUCAAGAUUCUUGAACAAACCCCACUUACAAUCCCUAAAGGGAUUGAUCAAACAAUCGCCUUAUUAGCUCGUUCAGAUUGGAAAGAAACAUCGAAAGAACACAUAAUUUCACUUGACAUUCCUGGGAUGAAAAAGGAAGAUAUCAAGAUCGAGGUUGAAGAAAACAGAGUAUUGAGAAUUAGCGGAGAGAGAAAAACAGAGGAGGAGAAUAUUGACGGUGAGAAAUGGCAUAGAGUUGAGAGAACUUCUGGAAAGUUCUGGAGACAGUUUAAGCUUCCAAGGAAUGUUGAUUUGGAACAUAUUAAAGCUAAUUUGGAUAAUGGGGUGUUGAAGAUUACUGUACCAAAAUUGGCUGAAGAAGAGAAGAAACAGAGCAAAGUGAUUAGUAUUUCUGAAGAAGUAAAUGGUGGAGAUAUUAAAGCUGCAAUGUGAUUAUUUAUCAUAAUCAUCAUUUGUUUUUGUUUUAAUCAUGUUUUGUUUUAGAGUUACUGUUGAGGUUGGGUUAAUUAACGUUCUGUAACUAAACUACAGAUGAAGAUUAUGAUAAUAUUAUUGUAAGAAUCUCUCCUUUGUCUUAUCCAUUAUGUGAUGAUAAAAUAAAGAAACAUGUUUUAUUA